AUGCCAUCCUCUUCACUCUAUCGGAUUUCACCUACUAAGCAGGCAACACAUCACAACCUGAUGGACAUGGUGAUGGGCGACGAGAAGUCAUCAUUUUCACUCCACCGAGGCUCGCCUACUAAACAUGCAACACCUCACAAACGGACGGAUAUGGUGCUAGGUGGCGAAAAGACUGAAAUUGAAAUGAAGCUAGAAAGAGAUGGAAAUAUCAACGCUCUCCAGCGAUAUCGAUACCUGACAUGGAGCAAAAAUGCCGUACAUCCUGAAGUCUCGUACGAACUUCUUGACACAGAAGAAAACCUCCGAGAAGUUGUUCAAGAAGAGAUAUCCAUCAAAGAAGGAACUGCUGCGCCGGGAACCAAUGCUCAAGAAAGAUUCCGUGUCUUAAACACGAAAUAUUGGCUCUUGUUCAGAGGUGGUGGUACUGUCGUUCCGAUCUGGAAGAUCUUCAAUUGA